AUGUCCUCCAGAAUCGAGCGCAUCUUUUCAGGACCCGCCUUGUCCUUGGCUACCAAGUUGGACAAGCUUCCUAAGAUCUACAAUGUCUACUUUAUUGCCAGUAUUUCAACCAUUGCUGGUUUAAUGUUUGGUUUUGAUAUUUCAUCAAUGUCGGCAUUCAUUGGCACCGAUCCAUAUAACAAGUACUUUGAUACUCCCGGAUCCACCAUUCAAGGCUUUAUUACCGCUUCAAUGGCAUUGGGCUCAAUCUUUGGAUCCAUCGCAUCGGCCUUUGUUUCUGAACCAUUUGGCAGAAGAUUGUCGCUUAUUAUUUGUUCGUUGUUGUGGAUGAUUGGUGCUGCUGUCCAGUCAUCGUCUCAAAACAGGGCACAAUUAAUCAUUGGCCGUAUCAUUUCCGGUUGGGGUGUUGGUUUCGGUUCUUCAGUUGCUCCUAUAUAUGGUGCUGAGAUCUCGCCACGUAAAAGAAGAGGAACUGUUAAUGGAUUCUUUCAAUUUGCAGUCACCCUUGGUAUUAUGAUUAUGUUUUACAUUUCGUAUGGUGUUGGUCAGAUCAAUGGUGUUGCCAGUUUCAGAAUCGGUUGGGCUAUACAAAUUAUCCCUGGCUUGCUUUUAUUUUUUGGUUGUCUAAUCAUUCCUGAAUCUCCACGUUGGUUGGCAAAGCAAGGUAAGUGGGAACAGGCAGAGGAGAUUGUUACCAGGAUUCAAGCUCAUGGAAACCACGAAGAUCCUGAGGUGUUGAUUGAAAUCGCCGAGAUCAAGGAACAAUUAUUAAUCGAAGAAGAAGCCAAGGCUGUUGGUUACGCCACCUUGUUCAAAAAAAAGUAUCUUCGCAGAACACUCACAGCAAUCUGGGCUCAGAUUUGGCAACAAUUGACAGGUAUGAAUGUCAUGAUGUAUUAUGUUGUUUAUAUUUUCCAAAUGGCAGGUUAUUCAGGAAACACCAACUUGAUUGCUUCCUCGAUUCAAUACGUGUUGAACGUGGUUUGCACAAUUCCAGCGUUGAUUUGUUUCGAUUACUUUGGCAGGCGACCCGUAUUGAUUCUCGGUGCACUUUUCAUGAUGAUUUUCCAAUUCGGUCUUACUGGAAUUUUGGGCCAGUAUGCUGUUCCUUGGCCAGAUUCGGGAACUGAGUCAGUGACUAUUAGGAUUCCAGACGACAAUAAAGCAGCAGCCAGAGGCGCCAUUGCUUGUUGUUACUUGUUUGUUUGCUCAUUUGCUUCUACUUGGGGUGUUGGUAUCUGGGUCUACUGUUCGGAAAUCUGGGGUGACAACAGAAUUUCUCAAAGAGGUAACUCUUUGUCAACAUGUGCAAACUGGUGUUUCAACUUUGCUAUAGCCAUGUAUACUCCAUCUGGUUUCAAGAAUAUCAACUACAGAACAUACAUCAUCUACGGUGUUUUCUGUCUUGCUAUGGGUCUUCAUGUGUUUUUCGGUUUCCCAGAGACCAAAGGUAAGAGAUUGGAAGAAGUUGGACAGAUGUGGGAAGAGAAGGUGCCAGCUUGGAGAUCAGCUUCAUGGACACCAACUAUCCCUAUUGAUCCAGAUUCGGAGUUGGCAAGAAAGUUGAGUGUUGAACACAAGGAGACUGGCUCUCAAUCCGAUGAAAAGAUCCAUGAAGCUGAUACUCACUCUGCUUGA